CAAUCUGCAACCGGUGAACGGCAUAUCGGCCGUUUCAUCAGGAUAACAAAGCUGUUAAAAAUUGGUUGUUUUGAUCAUGCCUUUGCAGUCUCUCUGUCCUGCAGUUCUGCCUUAUCUGUGAUCGGGGUGAUGCGUAACCUGAAAACUGAAUAUAAAUAUUGCAAAUCAAUAUUGUUAACAUUGUUUAAGCAUGUCUGAUGCGCGUGAUAUAUUGGGAAUUGAGUCGAAAGAUGGAGCAGCUUCUAAACCACGCAAAAUCAAAAGGCUGACAGAGGGAACAUUUAAGAAGCCAGAAGGAAUGCAUCGUGAAUUAUAUGCUCUACUUCAAAGUGAUUACAGAGAUCCACCAACACUAGCACCAACAGACACAGGUGCAGGAUAUAAGCAACCAAAAGCCAAGAUUGGAAGAAGUCGUGUCAGACCAUGGAAAUGGAUGGCAUUCGAAAAUCCUGCACGCAGUGAUGAUUUAUUAUUAUAUCAUUGGCGAAGAAAGGCAGAUGAGGGCAAAGAGUAUCCAUUUGCAAAAUUUGGGAAGGCAAAAUUUGAUGUCACAUAUACAGAUGAAGAAUACAAUUUAUAUCUUGGUGAUGAAAGUGGUGGUUGGUCACGUGCUGAAACUGACCACUUGUUUGACUUGUCUAGGAGGUUUGACCAGCGUUUUGUGGUUAUAAUGGACAGAUAUGAUUCUGAAAAAUUUCCAAACAGAGUCAUGGAGGAUUUGAAAGAGCGUUACUAUAACGUUGUUCGAAAACUGAUCAAGGCACGCACACCACCUGGUCAAGACCCGCAAGAUGUUCCACCUGCUUAUGAUUGCCAACAUGAAAAAAAUCGAAAGGAACAACUCAUAAAGUUAUUCAACAGAACACCAGAGGAGGUUGAAGAGGAGGAAAAUUUGGUUGCCGAGUUGAAGAAAAUCGAAGUACGUAAGAAAGACCGUGAAAAGAAAUCGCAGGAUAUCAAUAAAUUAAUUACCGCCACAGAAAGUAAACCGGUAGUUCACACGACUUCGAACGAAUCGAACGCAAACGCGUUAUCGCAAGAUGCUCGACAACAACAACAACAAUUAAUAAAAAAAGACAAAAAAGUCGGCAAAAAGAGUAAGAAGAGACGGUCGGAUUCUACAGACGGGAAACCUUCGAAAGAUCAGCCUGGUAUCAAGUUUCCAGAUAUAAAAGGAGCGGGGGCGUUUCUGAGGAGUAGUAAGUUGAAAAUGCCAGCGUCUGUGGGCAACAAGAAGUCAAAAGCAGUUGAACAAUUAUUAGAAGAGCUAUCUGUGGACGUUAUACCGAUGCCAACUGAAGAAAUUUGUCAGAAUUUCAACGAACUCAGGAACCAACUUUUGCUGUUGUACGAACUUAAACAAGCGAUGGGUAAUUGUGAAUAUGAAUUACAAACAUUGAAAGUCCGGUAUGAAAUUAUGUGUCCGGGAAAGAAAGUGUCAGAUCUGAUCGGUUUUUCGUUGGAUCCUCCAGAAGAAAUAACAGAGGAUGGUUCGGUGUCAUCUUCAGGAGGAAGCCAGCUGUUAAUAGAUUCAGUGGCUCCGCUCGCAGCGUUGGGUUCACGUAAACGACGAACGGCUGCUGCUCUACUGGAGACGAAUCCUUGGAAAAAGACACGCAAAGUUUGAUUAAAGCUUUUUUUAAAAAAUAGGUGAAUUAGCGAGACUGGGCGAGACUAAAGUGAAAGAGAAUCAAUAGCGAGUAAUUUUUACACGUAGAGUUGAACAAUAUUAAAGCUUGGUUUUAAAACCGAUCUUGUAAAUAAAUUGACGAAAGAAAAAGAUAAUUUAUUAUUUUUAA